CCCGGUUUGACCAACACUCGGAUCGUGACGACUGGAUUGAAUCACCGUUUGGAUUCCGCCAUGCCUUUGACGAGGAGAUCGGCGAAUAUCCUGACUUCUGUUGAAGACCCGCGGCAAGUUGAACAUGUUCCCAUUGUUGAUGAUGCCUCUUCUGCUUCUGGAUCGCAUCAUAGUGUUUUAAGUAAAUCCAGCAGAAUUUCGCAUAAGGCGUUAAGGGCUCUUAAGCUAGCGGAACUCAAGAAAUUAAAGGCUGAAACUGAGCUUGAGAUAGCGAAACUGCAGCUAGAUGGCGGGGAGGAGUUAGAUGACGUUGAGCGACUCUCCCCUGCUAAACGUAAGCAGGUGAACCGAUUCUUGGAGGAUUGUGGAAAUAGCGUGCCGAUUGAGGAGAUCCAUAAGCCCUUUGCAAGCCAGUCACAAGUGCCUUGUCGACCAUUUGUAGAACUUCCUAAGGUCGAGCUUGAAAGUUUUGAUGGUAACCCGGCUACUUAUUGGAAAUUUGUGAAACAGUUUGAGUACUUCGUCGAGGAUAGAGUCAGUGACAGUGGUCAGCGUUUAUUGUAUUUGAUUUAUUAUUGUAAGGGCAGGGCUAAAGAGGCUAUCAGUGAGUGUGUUAUGUUGCCCCCAGAACAGGCUUACGAGAGGGCUCGAAACAUACUUCGUGAACUCUUCGGCCAGUCUCACAUAGUAGCCCGGUCAUUGAUUGAUAGCUUAUUCUCCGGGUUAAGAUUGUUACCUAACGACCAAGAUGCGUUGUCUCGUUUGUCGCUAAAGAUGGAGAAUUGCUAUGUUGCGCUGUCGCAGAUGAACUUCACCGCAGAUUUAAACUCUGUGACCACCAUCGAGCGGCUGGUUCGUGCCCUGCCGGGCAGCUUGCAAUCAAGGUGGGCAAGGGCAGCGGACGUAAUCGUCCAAGAGGGUCGAGAGGUUCUCUUCAGAGAUCUUGCUGACUUUGUAGCUACCGAAGCCCGAGUUGCCCGUAGCAGAUUUGGGCAAAUAGCCAACUCCAGCGCUUUGAGAAAUCAAAGUACCGUGCGACCGUCCAGAGCGAAGGAUAAAGAAAUGGAGUACAAUGUCGCCUUAUAUACUGUUGCUGAUCAGUCCAGCCGAAAUGUCUGUACAGUUUGUGACGAUGUCCAUAGGACGGAAUCGUGCCCAAGGUUCCUGGCGUCCGAGGUUCCCGUUCGUUGGGAGCUCAUCAGAACUAAGGGCGGAUGCUAUCGAUGUCUCAAUUUCGGUCACCGAGCUGUAGCUUGUCAUGGGAGUAAAGGAUGCGGGCGAGCCAAUUGUAAGGGUAACCACCACACUCUGUUACACACAGAUCGAAGGCCAAGACAAGCGGCAGGCGUAUCUGACUCUCCGCCCAAGGACCCUGGCAGUUGCCACGCUGUCUCUGCUGAUGCCGGGAAAAUUGCUCUGGGAAUUGUACCAGUGCGGCUAGAAGGACCCUUGCUUUCUGUUGAAACAUACGCUUUACUUGACAGCGGCUCCGACGUCAGUCUGGUUCAGGACGAUCUACUGCGAGAGGCUGGUAUUGAAAUAAAUCCGGUUUCGCUGAAGAUGCAAACAGUGAGCGGUAUUAGUUGUCUGGAAUCCGGCGUCGCCAGUUUUCGUUUGGUGUCGUUGGACGGUAGUGAGUCGAUUGACGUGCGACGUGCUUAUUGCUUGAACCGUUUGCCCUUGCGACCAGUCAAAGAAUCUGUUAGUCAGGUAGCAGCUCGAUGGUCACAGCUAUCGACCGUUGAUUUCCAAGAUCUGAAGGAUUCCCGCGUUAGAAUACUUUUGGGAGCUGAUGUUCCAGAGGCACAUUGGCAGAUAGAACAACGACUCGGAGGUCGUGGUCAGCCCUUCGCGGCAAGGACCCUACUUGGAUGGAUAAUGUUGGGUCCGGUAGAUGGGAGCCGCCAAGCUCACGUGUCCAUAAAUUAUGUACGAGAGGAUGAGUUAUCGCUGGAAGAGAGGUUAAGGCCUUUGUAUGACGCUGGAUUCGAAGAUGUUGGCUCGAACACCCGCGCACUCUCCGUUGAAGACAACGCCGCGCUGUCGAUAGCGAAAACUUCCGUACGGCUUGUAGAUGGGCAUUUCGAAGUGGCCCUUCCUUGGAGAAACAAGAACGCGGUGGUUGCACACAAUUACGAAUCUGCUCGGUACAGACUGCAGUGCUUAAGCAGACGAUUGUUGAGUAAUCCGGAUCUCCGAGAUCGAUAUGUGACAGCAAUGAAGACGAAUAUCACGAAAGGUUAUGCCGUUCCUGUGCCUCCCUACCAAUUGCAGCCCCACUAUUCUCCCAGGUGGUAUUUACCACACCACGCCGUUAUCAAUCCAAAGAAACCUGAAAAGCUUCGUGUGGUCUUUGAUUGUGCCGCAAAAUAUAGAGGGGUUUCUCUAAACGACCAGUUGUUGCAAGGUCCCGAUACCACUGCGGACUUGGUCAGUAUACUGCUGCGCUUCAGGACUGAGAGAGUAGCUAUAUCCGCUGACAUUGAAGAUAUGUUCAUGCAAGUGAAAGUGCCGGAAGCUGACAGGGGCGCGUUACGUUUUCUUUGGUGGAAAAAUGACGAUAUCGGUUCAGAAGUGAUGGAAUAUCAGAUGACAGCGCAUCCCUUUGGCGCGACUUCAUCCCCAUUCUGCGCUAAUUUUGCCUUGUGCCAAACCGCCGUUAUGUGGGGACCUCACUACAAUGCCAACGUGGCGGCGGCGGUCCGCCAUAAUUUUUAUGUCGAUGACCUUUUGAUUGCGUUGCCGUCGGUGUCGGAAGCCAUACCUUUUGUAGCCCAAAUCAGAGAGAUGUUGAGUAAGAUCGGGUAUGGCGCAGUCGCGUACGUCAGAUUUCGCGCUGGUGAUCUCACACUGUGUUCUUUACUCUAUUCGAAGUCUAGAGUAGCGCCACUGAAAGCUAUCUCUAUACCACGGCUGGAGUUGUCUGCGGCAGUUCUCGCUAUCCGAGUGUUUGAGAGCGUUCGUGAAAGGGCCCAAAUGAAAUUCGAGCGAGUUUGGUUUUGGACCGACUCCACCACAGUUUUAUAUUACAUUAACAACACGUCUGGCAGGUUCAGCACUUUUGUGGCCAAUCGACUGUCGACCAUUCACGCGUUUUCGACACCCUGUCAGUGGAGAUACGUUAACUCGGGAUGUAAUCCUGCCGAUCCGUUAUCGAGAGGCACGUACUCCACGGUGCGAUUGGAUAUUUGGUUUAGAGGACCGCGGUUCUUGGCGAGCGACGAAGAUGAAUGGCCUAAUUUCGCUCCACUGGUCGAGCCUGAUGAAGUUGAAUUUAAGCGUUCGACUGUCCAAGUAUUUGCCACUUCAAGCGAGAUACCACUGUCCGCCUUGCUUCGCGGGUGCUCUGAUUGGAUUAAAUUGUUAAGGUCAGUCGUGUGGCUUACACGAUUCGUAAGGUAUUUGAAGAAUCGCGUAUACGGAACCGAUAAUGACACACGGCGCACGGUGUUGAUCACUCUUGAUGAAUUCAACAAGGCAGAGGUUGACGUUAUUAGAAUGACGCAGAACGAAGUUUACGGAGCUGAGUUAAAACGACUUGAAGAG